AUGGAGCUUUCUGCCGUCGGAGAAAGCGUCUUCGCGGCGGAGUCCAUCAUCAAGCGACGGAUCAGACGGGGUCGUUGGGAAUAUCUGGUGAAAUGGAAGGGCUGGUCUCACAAGUACAGCACAUGGGAACCAGAAGAGAACAUUUUGGAUGAGCGCCUCCUGGCAGCAUUUGAAGAGAGGGAACGCGAGAGAGAGCUUUUCGGGCCCAAAAAGCGAGGACCCAAACCUGAGACGUUUCUCUUGAAGGCCAAGGCCAGAGAGAAAACAUAUGAAUUUCGACAAGAACCAGUCCAGGUUUCCUAUCCAGUCCCAGAGCCCGUCGCGACUCCAAGGGCCCGGGAGGGUCUGCGUGCUGUGGUGCCCACUAUCUUUCCUCCAAGCGCCGUCAACAGAGGGGAGAGCGUUGCUGGCCAAGCGCUAGAACUGGAACGGAGGUCCCGACCCAUGGCGAGUUCUUAUCAAGAACCGGGUCCCAAAAAGAGAGGACGAAAACCAAAAUUGCGUCCGCAUUACAACCGGGUUGAGGAGGAAGAUGCGGAACCGGCCCCCAAAAUGUCCAGACGCUUAACUCACGACAGGGCAACUUCUGACCUGAUCCAGUUAACCAAAAGGUUCCAGGAGGAGACCACCAUUACACCCAAGUCCGAAAGCGACCGAAGAAGCAGAACUCACUACCUAGCCGUUCUGAAGCACCACGACAAGCGGAUUGAGCUGCCGAUAGCCACAGGAGAAGACCUCGGGGUGGUGUGUCCCCCCACGCCUCCCGGCUCCUCGUGGACCCCACAUUUCAGCAACAUGGACACGGUGACGGUAACUGACGUCACCAUGAACCUUCUCACCGUCACAGUCAGAGAAAACUACACCGACAAAGGCUUCUUUAGAGGAAAAAGAUGA